CAAAUUAAAAAUGUGUGGUUUUGGCUACGGCUAUGCAUUGGUUGUGCAACUGCUGCUGCUGUGCUCCGUCUACGUCAUCUACUUUCAAUCCACACUAAUGUCCGGCCUGAAGCCGCAACAGACGUUAUUGAAGCAACCACCAGCCAAUCGGCUUGUUGUUUUUCUUACUCACGGCCUGAGCGCCAAGUCAUUCUUUGAGUAUCGUUGCCGCAAUUUGCCGGACCUACGCAAGAUCUUCCUAAAGCAGGGACAGGUGGGCAUCAGCCAUUCCCCGGCAGUCACCACAUUCAGAUCUGCGCAAGUGAGUAUCUUUUCUGGUUGCUAUGAAGAUGCCUUGGCUCCUGUGCACGGCGUCGCCUUCGACACAAUCUUCAAUCGAAGCACGCGCAGCUAUGCCUGGGCCCCCGGCGAGUUGCUGCAAUACUUUCCGGCUAUCUAUAAAAUGAAAACGCUUCCCAAUGAAAUCUCGAACUGGGCUGAAGACUCCUCAAAGCUAGAUGAGUGGUCGUUUAAGGCAGUCGUUGAUUUUCUUGACAGCGAGGCGCCACAGCUGCAGCAUCUGAGGGGUCUGGUGUUUAUUAUCCAGCUGCUGGGCCUGCAAGUGUCAAAUGGAAUAAAAAUGUUUCAUGAGAACCUCAACUACACUCAACGAGGCAUUUGGACAACAUACAAACGUUUUUUGCAAGCCUUUCCGGAUCGACGUACAGCAUUUUUGCUAAUCUCUCAUCAUGGCAAGCCAGUGUGGGCCAGCAAAAGCAAACAAGAGCUGGAGACUCCUUUCUUGCUUUGGGGCGCUGGCGUCUCCAACAGCAAUUCCCGCCUUGGACGCACAUUUGUGGCUAAUGAGCAGCAGCAGCGCCUGCCGCUGCACGUCUUGGAGCCCGUCCAGUUGACACCUCUGAUGAGCGGCUUGUUGGGUCUGCCGCCGCCAGUUAACAAUCGUGGACAACAACCUGCGGGUCUACUCAACGCCAGCAGUCACGAGGCCCAUGCCAUGUACACCAAUAUGCUGCAGUUGCUCGAACAAGCGUUGCAAGCGCGGCGGCAUCAUCGACGUGGAUUCUUAAAUAACUUGAUGCCCAACUAUUGGAUGAACUGCGGACAACUGGAUAAGCUCAUUGCCACAGGGAAUUUAUUGUGGUAUCAGCGACGCUUUCUCUUGCUUAAGGAAUACAGUGAAGACGUUAUGCCCUUGUUGCUGCAGUGCAUCAUGUACUAUGAGCACUAUUAUCGCCGCAUCCUGUUGCUGGCCAGUGCUUUUGCUUACCUUGGCUGGCUGCAUCAGUUGCGCUGUUUGUCUGGCCAGGCAGGCAGGACUAGUAGCAGACAGUUGUUGUUGGCCAAGUCGCUGUUGCGUCUCUUAAUUCUUCUGAUUUUCGCUUUCGUGCUGCUGCAGCGUGUUUCUUGGUUAAAUAGUGGACUACUGCUGCUGCCCGGACUCAUUUGGACGAUGGCUCUGAAAACGCAUGAGAAGAGCGCCAAUAUCAUGUCUUGUCGCCAGCUGAUGUGGCCCAUUGUGCUGUCGUUAUGCUGCAUCGCUGUCUUCUUUGACCGCCGCUACAUCUCCUGCUGCUAUAUGGGAUUCACCUGCUAUAACAAUCGCUGCAUCUUUAUACAGCGGCGUUCGCUCAACUUCUACAUUUGGCUAAUGAUCGUCUGCUGCUUGACACUGGUUUGCUGGCUGCCAUGCUCACUGGGCUAUUGGCAGCGUAGUCUGCUCCUAGGCAACCUAAUCCUUACACUUGUACGCCCAUUUGUUUGUCGUACGCUGCACUUGGCCUGUGCCACGCACAGGCAGAGCUUGCUGUGCAAUGGACUCGUUCUGUUCAUGGCUGGACUGCAUUUGCUGUGCAGUUCGCAGCCUUGGAUGAUUCAUCUGAUUGCUCGUGCGUAUUUGUGCUAUGUGUUCUAUCCGCGCUCUCGACAGCAAGCAUUGGAGCUGAUUAUCUUCAAUCUGUGCACGCUGUACGCGAUGCUGUGCACAUCCUUCGAAUCAUUGGUCAUACAACUACUGGCCAUGGAACUGCAACUGGCUCUGCGCCUAAGGCAGGAGAAUGAAAUGGAGAUUAAUCAAAAGCAAACAAUGGCCAUGUACAUAUUCAUGUACAGCAUGUACUCCUUCUUUGUGAUUGGCGAGAUUGCAGCUGUGUAUAGAUUUUGUUAUUACAUAAGAAUUACGGGCUUUGGAUACUAUUCAAUGCUAAUCAAUGGGUUACUUAUUGCAUUGAAACUGCUGUUGCCGGUUCUCCUGCUGUUGUGCAUCAUUUGCGUUAACUGUGAGAUUGCUUGGCCGCAUCGCCGAGAGAUCUUCCAGAGGCUGCUCAUCAUGUGUAAUUUUAUGGCACUGAUAUUCCUGUUUCGAGUACGCGCUGAUGGUUCUUGGUGGGAAAUUAGGGAUCGCCUAAUCCAUCUUAUCGUUGUGCAAGUAUUGCCAUUUAUAUGCCUGCUGCUAAUUAAUCUGGCACACUUCAUGUUGGGAGACAGUGCAAAAGAUUUGUUGGAGCUACCUAAAUGGAACGAACGUCUGGUUAACAAAUAAAUAAAAUUAUUUUUAAAAAAAUUCCAGUAGCGGCUUAACAUAAUUGAAUCCAAAGAAAUGCGCGCUUAAAUUGUAUUAUUUUAGGACACUGUACCGCUGUACAUACCGCUGUUAGCGGUCUAUCGAAACUUACA